GAGCAGAGUUGAGCACCAUAUUGAAUCAAAGUUGCUAUCUCCUUUUCAAAUGGAUGUGUUGUUGUUGUUGUUGUAAGUUCCCCAGACUUGAGAAAGUUGUCGCGGACCCCGGCCCAAAAACCCUCCGCGGCGUAAUGGCGGAGCUGUAGACUUUGUUGGGAUGUUUUCCGGAGCGCUUCGGCUUCGUUUCGCGAGCUCAGCACGCCGGACCAGACCUGCAUGUGAUGGACCCGCCGUCCUCAAUAAUCACCCAAGUCAGCAGGGAUGAGGAGGCGAGUAAAGCCGCGGGAGAGAGGGGCUCCGCCCCCUCUCUGUCCUCCAAGAAGCCUAGGCGCAGAGGCCUCUUCUCCAGCCUCUUCUGCUGCCUGUGUCGAGACGCGCCCGAACCCCAGCCGGUCAACAACAACGCCCCCCUGCUGGUGGAGGAGAACGGCACCGUCUCCAAGGCGAAGCCGCUGCUGCCCCCGGUGAAGUCUAAAGACUCGGGGAAGAUCUGCGUGGUGAUCGAUCUGGAUGAGACGCUGGUUCACAGCUCCUUCAAGCCUGUGAACAAUGCAGACUUCAUCAUUCCUGUGGAAAUAGACGGAAUAGUACACCAGGUGUACGUCCUGAAGCGGCCCCACGUCGACGAGUUCCUGAAGAGGAUGGGCGAGCUGUUUGAGUGCGUCCUGUUCACCGCCAGCUUGGCCAAGUACGCCGACCCCGUCUCCGACCUCCUGGACAAGCGGGGCGCGUUCCGCUCCCGCCUCUUCCGGGAGUCCUGCGUCUUCUACCGGGGGAAUUACGUCAAGGACCUGAGCCGCCUGGGCCGCGACCUGAACAAGGUCAUCAUCGUGGACAACUCGCCCGCCUCCUACAUCUUCCACCCGGACAACGCGGUGCCCGUGGUCUCGUGGUUCGACGACAUGGCCGACACCGAGCUGCUGGAGCUCCUCCCCUUCUUCGAGAAGCUGAGCAAAGCGGAGAGCGUCUACGCGGUCCUCAAGAGCCAAGGGGCCGCAAGCUAACGGCGCUUUGUUUUUCUUCUACUUCCGACGUCUCAUCUCGGCUUCGAACAAACGGAUUCACCCACACCAGCGCGGCCCCACGACUCUCACUGCCAGACCAGACUGGACCGGACCUCCCCCCGGGUCUCAACAACCAGCUCCUUAUUUGGGAGUGACUGCCACCUAAUGGUCAGACGGGGAAACUCCCCGAAAUGUUUAACUUUGUCCACAUCGGCUCGACGUGGGACGACGGGACGGCCGGUUCCGGACGUUUCUGGGCCCGCAGCAGUCCGUCGCCUCUGAAUCCUCUGGACUCGGUACUGGACUCCUCGUGGAUUCUGCACAAGAGGCAGGAUUUGAUGAGGAACUGGAAAUUCCUGGAAAGAUUUGGACACGCUAAUGAACUUUGUCCAAACGCAAACGGUGUGCGUCUUCUUUUUAAACAAUAACUUAAUGUAGUCAAUCAUCACACUUUCUCGUCUGCAGAAGAAAAGAAGGGCGUGAUCAGUUCAUUUUAAAUAAUGGCGAAAGUGUUACGGAAAAAACGGAUACAAGUCAUCAGGAGGCGUUGAAUUCACUACGAACAAAAUGAUUGGACGGCACAGUUUGGACUCCUCCCCCUCACUCACAGUGAACAUUAUGUUGGCACCAUUUAACACCGCUUACAAAACAGCAUUAGAUAAUAAUCUGUAUGUAUGUACUUUGAUGUUUUGCAGCAGAAGGAAACUGGGAAAAUCAAAUGACCACAACUCUAAACCCCCUUUUUAUUUUUUCAGCGGAAAUUUGGUACAAACCAAAAACAAUGAGCCCUUUUAAAAAAAAGCUUGUUUUGUUCUUGCCCUAAGCGCUACACAUGGCUGGAAACUAUUUCGGGACUUUGAAUGUGUGUGUCGAGGGGGAGGAAGAGGAGGAGGGGAUGUGCGCAGACACCUCGCCGUGGAUUCGACUCUGAUUCGACUCGGAGCCUCCAGGGACGACAAGUAAUCUGACGUAUUAAGAGCUACCGCGUUAUUUUUCUAUGUUUAACAAAUUCUUGUCAAUCAAAUUCACCUGUUUUUUUUAAAUGUCUUUUCUAAAUAAUGAGUGUUUUGUGUGUGUGUGCGCCCCAGGAGUGCGACUCUGACACAAUAUUCAGAGUUAGUGUUUGUUUUCAUGCAAAACCUGGUUGUUUACCGCAUAUAUUGAAUCGGCAAUAUAUGGAUCAGGAGCACCAGCAAAUGACGAGAAGGUUAUUGAUCUUGCCGUCGGAGACGCAUAACGUUAUUUUGAUCGCUGUCAUCACGUGUCGAUCGGGUUCAGUGGAAUUGAUCGUCCAACAGGUAUUUAUAGGAACGUUAAGUCAUGUGAUUACAAAAUGUUGUCAGUACGGGAGCCCGGCCACUGAUACUCUACUUACCAUUCAGUUGAUGUGUAUAUUUUGUGUUGCACAGUAAUGAAGCAAACAAAUGUUCAUUAAUAUAUGGAAUAUUCAUGUUACUGUACUCGUGAUUGAAAAGAUGUAACCUAAUUUUUGACCUGUUUUAUCAUACCAAUUUAUAUAUGGAUUGUAUGUAAUAAUGCCAUUAUCCCCCACACCCCCAUAAAUGCUAAAUGAAAGAUG